UUCCCUGAGGCGGAGCGGGAGGGGAGGGUCCCGCGCCCCCUCAGCUGAGCGCGGGCCCCGCGGGCCGGGGGAUGCGCCGGGAUCUCCGGACAGAAUUAACUAUCAUAAUAUCCUCGUUAUGCAGAUCAUCCCACCAAGGUUGCUGCUAACAGCGAAGGCCUUCCUCUCAAAGCUGUUUAAAUGAGAAUGUCCCUGGCGCAAAGAGUGCUGCUGACAUGGCUUUUUACCUUACUCUUCCUCAUCAUGCUGGUGCUGAAGUUGGAUGAGAAAGCACCGUGGAACUGGUUCCUCAUUUUUAUUCCAGUGUGGAUAUUUGACACAAUUCUUCUAGUUAUGUUAAUUGUAAAAAUGGCUGGACGCUGCAAGUCUGGCUUUGACCCUCGCAAUGGCUCCCAGAACAUGAAGAAGAAAGUGUGGUACCUCAUUGCAAUGCUGCUGAAAUUGGCCUUCUGCCUUGCCCUGUGUGCGAAGCUGCAGCGUUUUACCACCAUGAAACUGGCCUAUGUGUUCAUCCCGCUCUGGGCCUUGCUGAUCGGGGGCAUGGUUGAACUUGGAUAUAAUAUCUUCUAUGUACGAAGAGACUAGGCUAUGCCAGGUGGUUUCCAGUGCCAACAUUGGCACCAAAUUACUAGAUUAUUAUCACUUUGCCACAAAUUUGAUCUUCAAACUAGAAAGCCAAAUGAGUCAAGCUGGAGACUUAAGCGAAAGCAGACUGAAGACUGAAAGUAGACAUUACUGCCAUGCCCACUCUGAAGCUCCCUGGCUUCGCCUGCCCGGCAGAGGCACAGUCAGCUGUGGGGGACACUCCCCUCUGUCUCGAGGAGAGUCGGGGAGUGGCUAAGACAGAGCACUUCGCUGUCUGCCUUGUAUGGAGGAGAGGCGACGUCCGAGGAGGCAAUAAAGGAGCCAACUCAAGGCUGGGGAAUCAGUCUCAGGUUUAAUCCGAGCUCCGAGGAGCUCCGAAUGCCAUUGUAUCCGACAGCCAAAAGAGCCCCCGAGCCUUUCACAACAUCUUAAGUACCGGGGCGGUGACAAGGGGGAAGGGACGCCCAUUCACCAAUGGGGGCAUUUGGGGGAGUGGAAGGCAAAAGGACAGACAGACACACAAACCAAUGGGGGAAGUUCAAGGGAAGGACCCCUGGCCCUCGUCCACUCACUCAACGCCCAAGGUGGAAGAUUCUGGGAGAGUGGGAUGGGGAGCCGAGUGAUGGACAGGGUACCAGGGAGGGGACAGGGGAGUGACUGAGCAUUUUCAGGGAGAUUGGCAUUGAGGGAAAGGCAGGAAAGCUCGGGGUGGUACCACUGGCAGAAAAUGGGGGGUGAAGGGGCAAACAAUUACAGAACUGUUACAGAAAUAUAAAACCACAAUACAACAACUCCUCCUUUUAAUUUUAAAAAGAAAGGAGGGAAAACUUAACAAACAAAACUAAAAGUUCAGUUUUUAAAAUUGACCCGACCCAGCCCGAGAGUUCCCAUUUUUCAAAGAGUCCAGUCAGCCAGUCUGAAUCUGCAGUCUCUUUCUUAAUGUCAUUGACCAGCUACUGCAGCUGGUCUAUUCUUUUAUGGGUGUCCUCAGCCUUUGAUGUUCUACUUGGGGCUGAGGAACGAUCCAUACGGCACUGAGAUGGAAUGCACUGAGCGGGAGCAGCAGCUGCAGGAUGGGGUUCAACUUGAUGUUCGUGCUGGCUGGGUCCAGGUUAACGAAAUCUGAAAAGAAUCUUCUGAACAAAAACAUUAGGAUAGAGGGAGGAGUUAGGGAUUUAAAGGCUGCAGCUUCUCUUCCUCCUCCAGCAAGCGAUGGCUACCUGUGCCGUGGUCUUGGACUUGGAUACUUUGGGAACGUAAGGUUUCACCCACUUGGAGGGGACCCACUUCAAAACUGAGGGGGUGCACACACAGGCGUUUCCCCUCCCCCGGGUUAUCAUUUCGUAGGGUCCCUCCCUCUCCCAUGUUUCUGGGUUUUUUACCAUGACUGGUGGACAAGCCUUUAGGUUGGUCUGACUACUUUCCAGAAAAUGCCUGGUAACAGGUGGAUUCAAGUUCUUGUAUGUGCAGUUUAAGAAAUUGAUGGUAAACAGAGCUUUGGGCAACCGUACUUGAAGGGAUUCCACCUUUAUCACCUGUUGCUGAAGAACUCUUUUUAGGCUCUGGUGCGUUCUCUCCACCAUGGCUUGGCCUGUUGGGAAAUAGGGGAUGCCAGUUUUGUGCUCUAUUCCCCAUUGUUGCAGGAAGUUGCGGAACUCCUUGGACUUGUACGCUGGGCUGUUGUCUGUUUUGAUGACUUUGGGGAUGCCCAGCAUGGAGAAGGCCUGCACCAAGUGUAAUUUGGUGUCAGAAGCCUUUUCCCCUGUGUGGGCUGAAGCAUAGACUGCACUAGAGAAAGUAUCUACUGAGACAUGGACAUAUUUGAAUCUGCCAAAUGACUGGAUGUAUGUCACAUCCAUUUGCCACACCUCACAGCUUUUCAAACCCCUAGGGUUUGUUCCUGAGCUCAGGGAAGGGAGAGAAUUUUGUUGGCAGCUGGGACAUGUGGCCACAAUGGCCCUGGCCUGUUCUCAAGUGAUGUGAAACUGAUGAACUAGGCCAGGUGCAUUUUGGUGAAAAAGCUGGUGGCUGAUUUUGGCCUGACUGAACACAUCUGGAAGAGGGGCCAUAUGUACAGGUGCUGCGAGGGCAUCAGCUCUUCGAUUGCCCUCGGCGAUGAACCCUGGCAGGUCAGUGUGUGACCUGACAUGCAUCACAUAAAACGGUUGCUCUCGGUGGGAGACCAAUUUUACCAAUUUCGAGAGCAACUCCUACAAUACAAUGUUGGAGACUUCCUGCAAGACUGCAUUCUCUGCUCUGGACACUACACCUGCUACAUAGGCCGAAUCUGUGACCAAAUUAAAUGGUUCAGAGAACCUCUCAAAAGCUCUGACUACAGCGGCCAACUCAGCUACUUGAGGUGUUCCUUCCACCUCGGCAACAUCUGCCUCUCACUGCUGAGUCUGAGGAUCUUUCCAGGUCAUAACUGACUUGUGAGAUGCUCCUGACUCAUCUGUAAACACUGUCAGUGCCUUUAGAGGUAUUUUUCUCUGAAUAGGUUUUAGUGACAAUGUAAGUUGGACAUCCAAAUUGAAAAUUUUGUGGGCCGGUUGAUGAAUUGAAAUUUGACCGGUGUAAUUGUCCAGUGCAAAUUGCAGUGCUUCAUUUUCCUGAAGCAGAUGUUCCAACAUUGCUUUGGAUAGAUGGCCCGAUUCUAAUUUUAACGGAAUGUGGAUGCAGUCAAAGUCACACCCUGCCAAUUCCCUGAUCCAGACCCUUGCUUUCCAGAUCAGUUCUGCCACCAGCUCUUGUGGCCAUGUCAUCCUCUUGAACCUGUUGUGACUGAGGAAGACCCACUCUAUGAUUAAGAGUGGGUCCCUCCAGUCCCGGUCCUUCUUCCCUACUUGGGUGACCUCCCAUUGGAAGAUCACCCCGUGGAGGUGUGGUAGCUUACCAAGAAUGAUGAAUUUGAAGGGCAGGCCCGGUUGGUAACAGUGGGCCUGCCUGGCAGACAUCAUGUCCUGUACUUUCUCCAGUGCGGCCCUCGCUUCCUGGGUAAGGAUCCUAAGAGAACUAGGCUCCUCUCCCCGUUUCAAUAAAUUGAAAAGGGAGGCUAGGUCUUUGGUGGAAAUACCUAGCCAAGGCCUCACCCAGUUCAAAGAGCCACACAGUUGCUGGACAUCAGCCAAAGUCUUGAUGUUAUUCUUGAUGACCAAUUUUUGUGGAGCAAUGGUCCACUUUCCAAUCUCCAGGCCCAGGUACUUCCAAGGUGGCAUCCUCGGAACCUUGUCUUCACGGAGCUCGACCCCUGCAACAACCAAAGAAUUGUCAGGUUAAGCGCGUGGGUAAGUAUGUCUUCAUUUGGGGCACACACUAGGAUGUCGUCCAUAUAAUGGAGGAUGAUGGCAUCCUUCACGGCUGCACGGACUGGGGACAGCAAGGAAGAGACGUACCACUGGCAAACAUAUGGGCUGUUUUUCAUUCCUUGUGGAAGUACUUUCCAUUGGUAUCUCUUCCUUGGGGCUUCUCAGUUAAUGGUGGGAACCGAGAAGGCGAAGUGUGGGGCAUCAUCAGGGUGAAGGGGAAGAAGCAGUUCUUAAUGUCAAUCACAACCAGAUUCCAGUUUUGGGGGAGCAUCGUCGGGGAUGGCAACCCUGGCUGGAGAGAGCCCAUGUCUUCUAUUACAUUGUUGAUUUGACGGAGGUCGUGGAGGAGCCGCCAUUUGUCUUUGCCUGUUUUUUUUAAUUACAAAGACAGGGGAAUUCCAGGGAGAUGUGGUUUCCUGGAUAUUCCCAUUUUUUAGCUGCUCGUCUACAAGCUCCUCAAGCGCCUUUAAUUUUUGUUUAUUGAGCGGCCACUGCUCUACCCAGACUGGUGAAUCUGUUUUCCAAUUGAGUUUCUGGGUAGCGUGCUUUUCGGUGACCAGUGCCCGAAAAACCUGGGGGUCUCUGGGAUGUCAAUUCUGACCCCUCACUGGGCCAUCAGGUCUCUACCCCACAAGGGUUCUGUAAAGUCUAAAACAAAUGGGCAUACAGAGGCCAACCGCCCAUUCGGCCCCUCCAUUUGGACAACAAUCUUUGACUGUUUCACUAAUUGAAUGCCCCCAACACCUUGUACGUGUCCAGCCAUGUCCUGCAACUCCCAAUGUGACGGCCAUUCCUGGGAGGGAAUGAUUGUCACAUCUGCCCCCGUGUCUAGGAGUCCAACUAAGGUUUUGUACUCUCCCCCCUGCUGUAACCUGCAUGAGAUCUUUGGUUUUUCGGCCCCCAGUACCUGAGUCCUGGCAAUGGUAUGAUAUGUGUUUUUCCUCUGUUUCUGGUUCCACGAAGGCUCAGGCACUGGGAUGGCCUGGGCGAUGACUUGGCCUUUGGGUAGGUACACUGGUGGGUAGUACAAUGCAGCCAAAGGACGAGUUUCCCUGGGUCUGAUGACACGAGACCCAGGAGGAUGUGAAUAUCUAGAGGUGUGUAUUUGGUGUCCCCAAGGAUGACAUACUUACUACAGUUGUCUCCCCAAGUACCAGGUUCCUUGGGGUUCACAGACACAAAAUGCCAUUUAGUAUUAUGAAGAUAGAGGGGCUCUGUCAGAGCCAACCUGAAAGGCACAUUAUGAGAAUUAGUGGUUAAAACAGGUUUUGGUUGGUAUGGGUGAGUCAAGUCCGGUGAAGAAGCAAUGUUAAUGUUUGGGUCCCCCCCCCCCCUCAAGAUGUUUUUGGCCCCACCUCAUUUCUAUCAUCGCACAGGGAGGGACUACACUUAGUUUCUAGUUUUUUGAUGGUCCUCCUUUGGAGGCAACCUUUUGUUUUUGUUGGGCCUUCUGGAAGUUAAGAAACUGUUGCCUCAAUGGGCAGUUGGGGAUCCAAUGCCCUGGAUCCUUGCAAAGAUGACACCGCGGGAAUGCUGGGGGAGGUCUCUUAAAUGUCCAUGGAGUGCACAGCGGCUGGCUGCUGAAUGGUCAGGGACAUUGACGGCCGCCACCCUCGUCAGUUCCCUCUGUUUGUGAUAUUGAUCAGCGGAUGUGAUUGUGACCUUCCUCGAGCACACUUCUAGCAUGGACUGCAGGGUCGGCGGUGGGUCGAGGGGCAGGCUCAGGAUUGCAGCUUUACACAUUUCGUUGCAUUUUGCCGAGCGAUCUCCGUAAGGAUUCCCUGCCGCACUCCCGGGUCCUGUACUUGAAGGUCCACCACCCUGCGAAGUCACUCAAUGAACUUAAGGAAAGACUCAGAGGGAAACUGAGUUAUAGACAGGUGAUUAUCAGUGGGGACAUCCAGGCACAUCCUGAAAAACGCCUUUUCUGCCGCCUUCACACUCUCCCGGAGAGCCUCUUUAGGUAUUUUUGCGGCCUGUUUUUCCCCCUCCGCCCAUUCCCCCUCCCCGCAAAGGUGAUCAGUGGACAACAACAACUCGUUAUCAUCUACCACUAUGUUAGGGUCAGCCCAUAGUGCUGGUAAAGCAGACCGUGCUUCUUUUCUCCAUGCUGCCUCCCAUAUUAAAAACUCUGUUGAGGAUAGCAAGCACAAGAAAAGUGCACGGAGAUCAGCAGGAGUUAAGACAUUUCCCAAAAGAGUGGCCUUCAACAGUCCCUUGAAAUAUUCGCUGUCCCUACAAAAACUUUCUUGAGCUUUGUAGAGCUCUUUGUUGGUCUAGUAGUCAAGUGGAGACCAUUGGGGCCAGGGUGCCCCCCACCUCUGCCUAGGGAUAUAGGUGACCGGAGCAGCGAUGAGAGCAGGGAUAGAAUCAGGGUUCUGGUUCCCAGGGCCCCCUUCCGCCCUGGAAGCCCGAGCAUGGGAACCAGAGGAGGGGUCAUGGGAACUGUGGGAAAAAGAGAUUACAUCAGAGGGGUGUGGCUAGGACACAGGAAGGAGAGACAUGACUGACACAUCCCGGAGUGGGCAGAACUGGGAGGAUGUGGUUUGGGGGGAGAUGGGAGGAGCUGGAAGGGAAGGUGGGCCGCCAGAAAGAGGGGAGGAGUCAGGAGAUAGGAAGGGGUUGAUUGAUGAGCGGAAAGGUUUUAAGGGAGGAGCGAGAAAAGGAUCAUGGGAAGAAGAAGGGCACGUGGCAGGAACUGCUAUGUGGUGUCCACCAUCUUGCACUUCAGGGGAGAUUUCUUGAGGGAAGGUAGGGUCUGGGAUACUAAAACAAACAGUGGACUUUUGGGACGGGGCUGUACAACGCAGAGAAGUAGGGGGACAGGAAAGAUCCCGAGCAGUCUGGCCAGGACUGCUCGGGCGGGGGUCUCGGGGAUUCUGUGGGGAACCAGAGAGACAAAGGCAGCCCUGCAGCUCUUGCCGGGAUGUUCCCUUUGGAAUUCCCGGUUUGGGGCAGACGGGGGAGGGAAGAGGGUUAGGACGGGGAGAACUGGGGUUGAGUUUGCUCCUGUGUGGCUGUUCCUGCAUUUUAGAAAAGGCUCUUAAAGUAUUUUUAAUUUUCAUGGCUAGGAAAGCAAAUCUAAAAUGGAAGGAAUCCCCUAAGUGCAACAACUCAUUAUCUACUAGAUCCCAAAACUCCAAAUUAUGAAUUUGGUUGGCCAAAACAUUAGAAAAAUGUAGGAACAACCACUGAACAAACUCUUUAACUUCUCUUUUAUGAAACGGAAUCCCAUUCCUAAAUAGGACACCCACAAUUUGGUAAUGGACUCCCUUCUGCAAGAUAGAAAGCUGAGCACCCAUCGUGGCUGAUGUUAAAUCUGUCUCUUAAAACCACACUACUCAGGGAAAAAGCAAAAGGAAACUCCUGCUGCUGGCCACCUGCUGAAAGGUGCUGUGCAGCAAAGUAACAGCUACUGUAGUAGCGAAAUCCUCCAGAGAAGGAAAAAAGUUGACUUUCUUCCCAGAAACACACAGGGAAAGAAAGUACCGAAGAAAAUCAGGCGAAGAAAACUCCCCACCCCACCGGGAGGGAGAACAAAGGAGGGAGAGAAGAUACUCACCACUCCGACACUGGCUGCAGGAUAAGAAAAGUCCUGAGUAGUGCUCUCAUUGUGGAACUGACCACGUGGUGCCCUGGUGGCUACCAGUUCCUUCCCUAGGAGCGUUACCCACCAAAAAGGGGUCUGCUACUCCUGGGGUAGCUUGCCGGCCGUGAGACGGAGUCCAAACACCACUGCAGAAUAAAUCCAGCAGGACGUCCUGCCGUCUCCUCCAUGGGGUCUGGUGAUGUCCUCAGCCCCCACGUUGGGCGCCAAGCUGCUGCCGUGCCCACUCUGAAGCCCCCUGGCUUUGCCUGCCCAGCAGAGGCACAGUCAGCUGUGGGGGACACUCCCCUCUGUCUCGAGGAGAGUCGGGGAGUGGCUAAGACAGAGCACUUCGCUGUCUGCCUUGUAUGGAGGAGAGGCGACGUCCGAGGAGGCAAUAAAGGAGCCAACUCAA